UGUGCUUUGAGCAGAGAAAACAAUGCCAAAUUCGAAAAAAAGCAAAAAAGGAGGAGAUCAACAACAUGUCACAAUUGUUCCUGUUGAACCAGUUAAAGGUGAAAACGUGGACACCGUUGCAUAUUCAUCGAGAAGCCGAAUAAGUGGAGAAAGUGGUCACUUAAUUGCUGAUGUUCAAUCUCCACAUGCAAAAAAGCAUCGAAUUAUAUUUGAUAGAGAUCAUAAUGUAUUCGAGUUCAGAUUACUUGAUGGUUCGGCAAAGCACAUAAUUGUAUAUCGUCUUGAUGAGCUUCUCUCCACAACUUGCUAUCCAUUUAAAAUCAAAAAUGGAGUUCCGAUCAUUCCGACGAAACCAACUACAUCUGACAAGACACUUUAUUUCAAUUUUGUGUAUAAGAAGGAUAAACAAAAAUGGAGACUCAAACAGAUUCCAGUCAUUUUCUAUACGACUAGUGAAAGAGAUUAUUGGCAUUCACUGAUUGAUACUACAUUGAGAAGAGUCAAAAACCGUCCGAAGAACAUUAUUAUCUUUAUCAAUCCGUUUGGUGGAAAUGGAAAAGCACAAAAAAUUUUCAAGGAUAAUGUUGAUGCAUUCUUCUGGUUGACUCCUGGAUUACGGUAUAAAGUUGUUCUCACUGAAAGAGCCAAUCAUGCUCGUGACUAUAUUGUCGAAAUGCCUCCCGAGCAGUGGAGCGCUAUUGAUGGAUUGGUAUCUGUUGGUGGAGAUGGAUUGUUUAAUGAACUUCUCUCUGGAGCUCUUCUUCGUACUCAAACCGAUGCUGGCCGUAAUAUUGACAAUCCAUCAUCUCAUUUGGUAACUCCACAUAUAAGAUUUGGUAUUAUUGGAGCUGGUUCUGCCAAUUCAAUUGUGUCAACUGUUCAUGAAACGAAUGAUCAUGCCACAUCAGCUGUUCAUAUUGCAAUUGGAUCUGAAUGCAACGUGGAUGUAUGUACAGUUCAUCAGCAUCAAAAGCUUAUUCGAAUUUCGGCAAAUGCAAUUUCGUAUGGAUGGUUGGGAGAUGUUCUUAGAGAUUCUGAAGAAUAUAGAUGUCUCGGACCAAUUAGAUAUCAGUGGAGUGCUCUUCGAACAACAAUUCGUCAUCCAAUUUAUCGUGGAAUGGUACAAUUCUCUUUAUCACAUAAAGAAAAUGUUAAUCCAAAGGAUCAACUUCCACCGUGUCUAGAGCCAUGCCCAGUUUGUAUGAAACCUCAAGGAAAUGAUAAAUACGACUAUCACUGGCAUGCUGAAUUUACUCACGUCAUUUGCUGUGUUAUUCCAACAGUUACUCCAUUUACUCCAUAUGGACUUGCUCCUUUUACAGGAAUUGGUGACGGAACACUUGACUUGGCACUGGUUCCCAGAAUCUCUAGAUUCCAUAAUAUGCAAUUUAUGAGAAAAGUUGCAAUGUAUGGUGGAAAACAGCUCUACGAACUUGAUCCAUCUCUAAAUUGUUACCGGGUGACCAAGUGGUCCUAUCAGCCAGAUGCCGAUCAAGAAGACCCUGGCGUUUGGAACCUUGAUGGAGAAAUUUUGGAGCAACCAAAAGAUGAGCCACUGCAUUUCAAGCUUCAUCCACAGCUUAUCUCAUUCUUCGGAAGAGACGCAGCCAUGGUAAAGCCGACAAAAAGAAGCUUCAUAAAAAAGCGAAAAUCUUCGAUCGUUUAUCAAUGAUUAUAUCACUUACCAUUUAAAAAUGCAUUUACUUUCCUAGAAUACUGCCAAUUUCCAUUCAAUGCCGUUGUUAAAAUUUGUUAAUAAAGCUUUUGAGUUUG